GAGGAUGCAGAUGACUACGACGAGGACGACGAUGAUGAUGGCGGAGAAGACGAUCUGGAUACACCAUUGCUGCCCAUUUUCUCGGCAGCACUUUUGGACAAACUGCCCCUGUACAACAUCACCCACUCUUGCCGCAUAUUGAUAGUGCAAAAAUGCGAGACCACCCUCACAUGGGAACAACUGCGAUCGCCCCAGGUCUCGCAGUUUUUGGUCAAACCUAUCCAAUCCCAGAUCCGCAAAGACCACUUUAAUCGAGCCACCAUAUGCGCUCUGGUCGCAAACUGUUUGCAGUUCCAGAAAGAGGCUCAGCAAGAUGCAGGAAACGCCGGUGUGAGCAAGACGAGGGCCAUGGUCUCGGAGCUGCUGGCCAUCCGCCUGUUGAAGGACUUCAGCCUCCGUGAACUGAUCGAUGCGCUGAGUUACGACUUCAACCCGCUCGAGGGACUGGACGCUCCCCAGGGAGGCGCUCAGCUGAGGCAGUACAACAGGUCUGCGCGUAUCUCGACCGUCGAGAUUGCCAUCCGUGCCCAGGCCAAGCGCUUCCUGGCCCACCCGCUGGUCGUGCAGCAGCUCGAGGCCAUCUGGGCAGGCAGCAUUGUCUUCCACUCGGCUGCCGACAACCUCCACCGCAAACCACCUACACCACCUCCGACCAGAGGACGUAACAGUUAUGGCACAAUCGCAAACCACACUGCUCCCCAGCCCGCUCCCACUAACAAUGCGCAACCUACCAUUAGACGAAGCGUCACCCUCUACAACCCCAAGGAUGCCUCGCUUUUCAAGCUGUCUCGCCUGAGGGUGCCUCGCUACAGACAGCUCUUCUCUACCCUCUCCUUCACCAUCAUGCUAGGUUUGUUCUUGGCUGUCUUGGUUGAUCGGUCCACUGAAAUUACUCCACUCGAGAUCAUCUUCUGGUUUUGGAGUGCUGGAUACAUGCUUGACGAACUGGUAGGCUUCUCUGAGCAAGGCUUCGGACUAUACAUUAUGAGUGUGUGGAACGCUUUUGACCUGGGUAUCUUGCUCUGCUUCUUCGCUUACUAUGUGCUCCGGCUCUAUGGCAUCCUGAUUCCUGCCGCGCGCAAGCAUUACACUGCGCAUAUGGCUUAUGAUGUCCUGGCUUCUACUGCUGUAUUGCUGUUCCCACGUGCUUUCAGCGUCUUGGAUCAUUACAAAUACUUUUCUCAGCUCCUCAUUGCUUUCCGUCUCAUGGUUCAAGACAUGAUUGCCAUCCUUGUGCUCAUCGUCAUUGCCUGCAGUGGCUUCUUCGUCGCCUUUACACUAUCUUUUAGUGAAGAGAAGGCAGAGGCCUCCAAGGUAGCCUACGCAUUAUUCCAACUGACCAUGGGCUUCACUCCUGCUGCUUGGGAUCUUUGGCCAAAGUACAAUCUCUUAGGGAAGGCCGUUCUGGUUGGCUUCCUAUUCCUCUGUCACUUCCUUAUCGUAACGAUCCUUAUCACCGUCCUGACCAACUCUUUCAUGGCCAUUGUUCAGAACGCCAACGAGGAGCAUCAGUUCCUGUUCGCCGUCAACACCAUUUCCAUGGUCAAGUCAGAUGCUCUGUUCUCGUACAUCCCACCUACGAAUCUGUUUGGCUGGGUAGCAUCGCCGCUGCGUUACCUCGUCCCAUUCCGAAAAUUUGUCAGGUUUAACAGGACAAUCAUCAAGAUCACCCAUCUUCCGAUGCUUUUUGCAAUCUUUGCUUACGAGCGAUUGUUCCUUAUGCGUAAUGCGUAUACCCCCAUGGAUCUCGUCGAGCGCAAAGCACCUAGAAGGGGCCGCCUUCCCGCGUUCACCCUGAAGAGCAACCCUGGUACCCGUCUUCGCGAACCGUCCAUCGUGUCUUUCCACAAAGACCGCGCACUGGAGGAGGUUUUCCGCCGACCGUUCGAUAUGGCAACACGAACUAUUUCCCAGCACUCGAACCCUGAUCAACGAAAAGCGACUGUGGUCGAUAACUGGAUGCAAGACAUGGGCGACGAGGGUGGUGCGAGCCCCCCGAUGGAGCAGCCUCGUUCCGUUCUGGAAAGACUAGAGAAUCGUAGACCGGGCAUUCGACGCGCUCAGACUUCGGCCAACAGAAUUACCACAGGCAAGCGCGACUUUUCUACAACUUCGAGAUCUGUCUUGUCUGAUCCUGAGGAUCUUGCUUCCACAAUAUUCCCAAGACCUACGCCAAUGCGAAUAGAAGAAGAGACCGAUCUCGAGAUGGAGCGUGAAGACUUACCACAAGAGACAGACGCAGACGGUGAUGAUGAGCUUCUGACCAACGACGGAGAUAACAACACAGCUACCGGUUAUGAUAGAACUCCCACAGGGACCCCAGAUCUUGUUGAGAAGAAAGGACCAUCUCCGACCAAACCUACAGCAAAGGAUUACUUUGAGGGCGCAGAUUUGCAAACAGCGAGCUCCGUUCCAGUUGCCACAAGAGCACGACUCAUGAGCGGCGAGCACAAGCGUGAGAGCCAUCAGCGCACCGUGUCCCACAGUACCAUGGUCUUCUCACCGAUCGUGGAGCAGCAGGGAUACACAUCGUCAGCGUCAGAGCGUGUGCCCGAGCCGUCCCGCCCUACCACGGCCAAACAACACAGUGGUGGCUCAACACCACUGCUUGCAUCAGCGCCUCAGUCCAGUGGCCGCAAGACACCGCGUACGAGCAACCCCAGCAGACCACGUCCCAACAUGCCUAACCGGCUCUCGCAAUAUACGGCUCCAAACAUACGCUUCGAUCGAUUUGGCGACUCGACACGUCGUGCGAAUAGGAAGCCAUCAUUUAACGCUCUUGCGCUCGAUUUGGCAUCUGAUUUCGGUGACCACUACCGACGUGACUUGACGCCCGAGCCCUUGUCACCAGGCUAUCAGCCGAGUAUUCCAGCGAGCUUCAGCGAGCAAAUGCUGCGCGAGCGCGAAGUGGCACUAGAUAAGGAACGACGCCGCCAGGAGCAGCGGCGUCGUAGUCAAGAGGAGGAGAAGGGUAUGGUGGGUAGAAUUAUGCUCACACGCAUGAACACGCUCGAGGAAGGUUUCCGAGAAAUCCUUCGCGAGGUGCGCGAUCUA